CAAGUGGGAAACGCCAAGAAGUGCCGCUAAUGUUCGUAGUUUCUUGGGCUUACCAGGAUACUACCGGAGGUUUAUCGAGGGCUUCUCGAAGAUAGCCCAACCACUAACCAACCUUACGAAGAAGGCCGUGAGGUUCGAAUGGAGUCUUAAGUGCGAGGAGAGUUUCCAGGAGUUGAAGAGGAGACUCACUACCAUGCCCGUCUUGUCCAUACCCGACCCUACUUUGAAGUUCACGAUAUAUAGUGAUGCUUCAAAGAUGGGCUUGGGUUGUGUUCUCAUGCAGCAGGAGAGAGUCGUAGCCUAUGCUUCGAGGCAGCUGAAGCCACACGAGCAGAACUACCCCACUCAUGAUCUCGAGUUAGCUGCAGUUGUCCACGCCUUAAAGAUUUGGCGGCACUACCUCUAUAGAGGCAAGUGUGAGAUAUUUACUUACCACAAGAGCCAAAAGUACAUCUUCACUCAAAAGGAGCUGAACAUUCGACAGCGUAGGUGGUUGGAGUUGGUCAAGGACUAUGACUGCACCACCAUUAGCUACCAUAUCGGGAAAGCUAAUGCGGUAGUCGAUGCCCUUAGUCGAAGAAGUUAUGGCCAGCAGUCUUGCCUAUUCACCGGGAAAGAUGUUCUGCUUCGGGAGUUCGAGCGACUACAACUAGAGGCAGUGGAGUCGACUUUGACAGCCGAGGGUGUGUUGACCGCCUUGGUU